AUGGCGGCCGCCUCGGUGUGGAAGGGGCUGGUGGGGCUCGGCCUCUUCGCCCUGGCCCACGCGGCCUUCUCGGCGGCGCAGCAUCGUUCUUACAUGAGAUUAACAGAAAAGGAAGAUGAAACAUUGCCCAUAGAUAUAGUUCUUCAGACUCUGUUAGCCUUUGCAGUUACCUGCUAUGGGAUAGUACAUAUUGCAGGAGAAUUUAAAGACAUGGAUGCCACUUCAGAACUAAAAAAUAAGACAUUUGACACAUUAAGGAACCAUCCAUCUUUUUAUGUAUUUAAUCAUCGUGGUAGAGUAUUGUUCCAGUCCCCAGACACAGUGAAUUCUUCUUCAAACCAAGAUGCUUUGUCAUCCAGCUCGUCACUGAAAUUUCGAAAACUUGAACCUCUGCGCCGCUAAGACUUUUACAGAUUAUAAUAAUAAUCCAGGACACUGAGAUGUAAUAUUCAAGUUGGGGAUGUAAACACUUUUUUAAUUUCUGGAGCAGUAUUUAUAUUGAUCUUCCAGACUUUAUAAAGUAUAUAUAUAUAUAAACUAAGGACCUUCUUUGUACACUGUUAAUGAAAAUGACUGAAUUGUGAAUUGGCAAUGCAGUGUAAAUUAUUCUACAGUUAUGCUGUGAAACACAUCUUCAAAUUUUCAUAUAUUAAAACAAGUUGCAGCUGACUUAACUUCAGUUAAAACAAAAAACAAGCUAGUUUUUACUGCAAUUAAUGUUCUUUGACAAGAGGGAAUGUUCGAGUGCUAUUUAUUUUCUCAGUUUGCUUGCACUACAGUUUAUGGAACUCCUUCAGAAAUACUGUGUGCACUGCAUCACUUAACAGCAGAAAAAGGGGCAGCGUCUCCUGUUCCUAGAACGCCUAGGAGACCUGCAUGGUGUAGGCACAGGAAGUCAAAAAGAUUGCUUUCAUUUUUAUUUUUUUACAAUGCUGAAAAAUAGUUGUGUGAAGGGUUUUUUUUCCCUAGUUUUUCAUUAUCACGUUAUUUCCUUGUCGCCCUCCUUCCUUUAAAUGUAAACUGUCCUGUGUUGCCCCAAGUUGCCUGGGAUGUGGCUGUACAUUUGGUGCCUGCGUGGGGGAGGCAGCUCACAUCUGAUCACGUAGAUAGUCUACCAUGCUCAGCUUGUUUACCCACUGUAUUUACAUUCUCUUUGGUUGUGAAUACAGGAAUGGUCAUCAGAUGGCUGAAUGCUGUGUUGGCACCAGAUACAAGUUCCCAAGUCAUCUUCUAUGAGAAGUAUUUAAGUAUCAGUAAGAAAUAUUCGUUCUGUCAGUGGUCCAGGGGUAGGAUCCAACAGCUAGGUCAGUUUACUGGCACUGGUACAGUACAGGUAAUCAACCGGUCAUGGUACAACUACCCCCAUUUCUGCCAACAGCCUUUCAAUUUGAUUUCUUUUUUCCAGCUGAGCCCUUCAUUGAUUUAAGAUUACUGUCUUGAUUUCAUGUAUUAGGACAGAUGGAUACUGUCCUUAACGCCUACUGAUGUCUAAAUUCUCAUCUCCCCUUAGGGACUGAAUCAAUGCUAAAAUGUCUCUUGGUCUGGUAUUUCACCUACCUGACAUAGCAAAGGGAGGGUAGUUUGAGAUACUGAUGGGGCCAACGAGGAUUUUGCCUAGUCUGAGAAUUUCUCGCUGCUGCUGUGGAAACUCAGCCUUUUGUCCUAGCAUCUGUUUGGGUUUUUUUAAACUGUUAAGAACUGUCAAAGGCAAAAAGCUUAACAAAAAUACUGUGUAAACCGAAGCCUCUUUUUCUAGCUCUGCCCGUCCUAUGGAGUGGGUGCCCCAGUGCUAGAGCAAUUAUCUGUAGCUGCUGCUCUACAAUCACUCUUAAGUGUCUGGGUUUGGUUAGAAAGUGUUACUCUGCCAGCUGAAAGCGUCUGAGCUGCCAGAUUACUUUUAAAGUGUCCUGGUUCCCCCCCCUAGCUGGUGUCACCAAAGGCCUCAAAAAUAGUAAGUAUUAGGUCAGGUCUCUAUUGCGAACAGAGCUCUUUCCCUGGGGAGGAGGGCUGCCGUGAGGCAGCUGCUGCAUGGAGGAAAGGGCUGAAUGUUGGCCAGGUGACCUCGCCAGGCACAGAGGAAAGACAGAAUUAGCAGAGGGAGGGAGAAACAAGGCAGAAGGUCAGUAACCACUGUACCAGACUGAUACUGCAACUGUGGUUGGCAGUGAGCCAUUUGCAGAGGGUCUCUUCGAGCAGGGCUGCUCACCCUUAAUGUUUAAGAAGCCCCGUUUGUGCUACCGUAAGGCUACGUGGACCUGCCCGAGGCAGAAAGUGCUGCUGUGGGACAGGGUGAGUGGAGAACAUCAUCUGCUUCUCAGAGCAGGUCCUGCUGGAACACCCUGUUGGCUGCGCCAGGUCUCUUCUCGUGACAAGUAGCCUUACUCUUCAGCAGCAAUGGUUAUAUCACAAAGCUGUACAAAUUAUUUUUUCUUAUUGAUCUCGCAAUGUCCAAUAAAAAU